AUGAAACGUCAUGAAGUAGAAGCUGUCAAAAAAGCAUACUGGAUUGAUGAGUUUCUGCAAUGGAAUCCGUCUAGCUAUGAAGGAGCAAGAGAAAUCUUUCUAUCUUCGUCAGACAUAUGGAUACCAGAAUUCUCGCUUUACUAUAGCUUGAACUUCAACGAUGUGGUAAAACUCCAAUCAAACAACGACGUUCGCGUAAAUCAUACCGGUCAUGUACGCUAUUAUAUUCCUUUUUCAUCUGAAAGUCUCUGUAAACUCGAUGUGAAGUUCUUCCCGUUCGAUACACAACAAUGCCAACUUCUCUUUGGUUCCUGGGCCCAUUCUAAUGAUUCCAUCAAAUAUUCUCUCUAUUCUCCUAAAUUAUCACUAAUAGAUUUCUAUGAUAAUCAAGAGUGGGAGUUGGAUACGGUCCGUAGUACCGUAAAGUCGGAUGGGUUUCUGUAUGACUAUUUGGAUCCUCCACUUUUCUGGGAGAUGAUCAUUAUCGACUUAGUUGUGGAGCGACAGAGUUUCUAUUACGUUUUCAAUCUUGUCAUCCCGAGUACGAUAAUCACCUUGGUAGCAGUAAUUGGUUUUCAUACGCCAAGCACCAGCGGCCGAAUGAGAGAUGCGAAAUUCCGUCUCGGUAUCAUGACACUGAUGAGUAUGUCCGUCAUUCUGUUGGCCAUUGUGGAAGACAUGCCAAAAUUCAGCAUGUCUACGAAUCGAAAAGGACGUGGAUCAUUUUCUGGGAUUCCCUUGAUAGGCUUGUACUAUUUUAUUCUCCUUGCGAUUAUUGGUCUUUCAACUGUCACCACUUCAAUGUUCGUGUUUUUGGAAAGAGAUGUUCGCAUCAAGCAUGAAGUUCCAUGGUAUCUGGAAUGGCUAGGAUUUGAUGUGCAUAGACGAAGAAUGUCAAGGGCUCACAGCAACUACCGUAGACAUGUACAGGAUCCACAAGCAGAGGACCAUCUUCUCUCAAACGGCCAUGUCCGUACUGGACUACAAGAUAAAGCAAGAGGCGUGGCCGUUUCGCUAUUGGCCCUCAUUCGUCGACCAAUCGUGAACAAUGUCUAUCAACUAGAUAAUUCAGCUCAACAACCGCCACAGGAAGAGACUCCACCACGUGAAAAUCUUCGCCGACGUCUCAGCAUCACCCAAUACGAUAACAUGGUGCUGUAUCAAUACUUCGAACAAGUCCUCGAAGACAUUAUCUCAUGCGUCGGAAGAAUCGAGAAGAGUGUGUUAGGGAUUCGAGAAGAAGUCGUGAACUUGAAGCCGUUGAAUGACCUUCAUAGCAAAUGGCAAACUGUAAUCCGACGACUUGAGAUAAUUUCUUUGGUCUUCUACGUUUCUGUUCUCUUCAUAACGAUGUAUCUGUUCUUCUACCAUGAAUGGUACUGCGCAGUGGGACACAACCCUUGUGGCCAAAUGAACUUGAAAUGUCCAUGGAUGCUCGCUACACCGGAUGACCCACAAUGCGAUCACAGCUCAGCUUAAAUUUAGCAAAUUCUGAGGGAUCGUAGAUCAAACAAUGAUUAGGCCAUAGUCCUAUAGAGUCAUUUUGCCAGUCAGCUAAUACGGGUUUUUAUUGUUUUUCCGCUGACUUACAG